AUGUCUAACUUCGACAAUGCAGGACUUUACUAUCAGGAACGAUUUUUCGCUAACGAUGGAGUCCCUGAUCAGGGACGUGAGAUGAUUGCAGAAUAUCGCCAAAUAUGUGAGCAGUUUCGCCGAUUCAUUAGGGAGUUCUCCAUUGGAGGAACAGGAGGUCUUCACUAUCGUGACGAACUUAAGAAGAAUUACAAUGCUAAGUACUACAUGCUUGAAGUUAAUCUAACCCAUCUGAAACAAUUCGAUGAAGACGCUGAAUCGAAACUGCGCACUCAUCCGGGAAAAUACUUGCCCGCUUUCGAAGAAGCUGCACGUACGGUAGCUGAUGAACUUACCGCUCCAAGACCAGAAGGUGAAGAGGAAAUGAAAGACAUCCAGGCUAGUAUUUCCAUCAGUCCGUUUUCCUGUGAUCUUUUUACAGUUUGCCUGACUCUGGACGAGUAUCCCACGUCGAUACGCAGAGUAAAAAGUGCUCAAGUCUCUCAGGUUGUGAAGAUAUCGGGCAUAAUUGUAGCAGCUUCGCAGGUUCGUGCUAAAGCGACAAAGAUCACGUUGCAAUGUCGCACUUGUCGGCACACCAUCAGCGACCAAAUGCUCAAGCCAGGCUUGGAAGGUUUCCAGCUGCCGAGGACUUGUGGAGCUCCCCAAGCCGGACAGCUCCAGCGAUGCCCUGUUGACCCAUACCACAUCGUGCCCGAUAAGUGCCACUGUGUGGAUUAUCAAACCCUGAAGCUGCAAGAAAACCCUGAAGAUGUUCCACAUGGAGAAAUGCCACGACACCUACAGUUGUACUGUGACAGAUACCUCACCGACAAAGUUGCUCCAGGAAAUCGCGUUACCCUCGUAGGAGUGUUUUCUAUUAAGCAACUGUUCCAGAAGGGCAGGAAAAACACCGACAAGACAUUGACCGGGAUCAGAACACCAUACCUUCGUGUACUUGGUAUCCAUGUGGAAGUUGGUGGCCCCGGGCGAGCUGACUUCAAACAGUUCACUCCUGAGGAAGAACGUAGCUUCAAAGAGUUGGCUCAGCGUCCUGAUGCCUAUGAACUGAUCGCAAAGAGUAUAGCGCCGUCUAUUUAUGGAUCGGUGGACAUAAAGAAGUCUAUUGCCUGUUUACUGUUUGGUGGAUCUAGAAAAAGACUCCCUGAUGGACUUACACGACGUGGUGACAUCAAUGUGCUACUACUGGGAGAUCCUGGUACAGCUAAAUCUCAACUUUUGAAGUUCGUUGAGCAGGUAAACAACGGCUUUGCUGGUUAUAAAAAUAAACAGGUGGCCCCAAUCGGUGUCUACACUUCUGGUAAGGGUUCAUCAGCGGCCGGUCUUACCGCAUCGGUAAUCAGAGACCCACAAUCGCGCACCUUCAUGAUGGAGGGCGGAGCGAUGGUGCUAGCCGACGGAGGGGUCGUUUGCAUCGACGAGUUUGAUAAGAUGCGUGAAGACGAUCGUGUUGCGAUUCAUGAGGCAAUGGAACAGCAAACUAUCUCCAUCGCUAAGGCGGGUAUUACGACAACAUUAAACUCUCGGUGUUCUGUAUUGGCAGCAGCAAACUCGGUGUAUGGACGAUGGGAUGACAGUCGUGGAGAUGAAAAUAUCGAUUUCAUGCCUACUAUUUUAUCCCGUUUCGAUAUGAUUUACAUUGUUAGGGAUACUCAUGACGUGAAAAGAGAUGAGACCCUAGCGAAGCACGUCAUUGACGUCCACGUGAACGCAUCCAAGAAUAAGGAUAAAGCGAUGAUAGAGAAGGAGGUCAAUGUGGAUGCCAAGACGGAAAUGUUCGACGCCGAUGGUUUCCUUACAUUAGGUUUUCUGAAGAAAUACGUGUCGUAUGCGAGAACUCAUUGUGGUCCUCGACUCAAUGUCCAAGCUAGCGAGAAACUCGCGAGUAACUACGUCCGUAUGCGCAAUCCACCAGUGGAUGCAGACCUAAUAGCGAUGAGUAAAAAAACAGCGAAAACGUCGAUUACUAUAACGGUCCGUCAGCUCGAAGCUGUGAUCAGAAUGAGUGAAAGCUUGGCAAAGAUGGAAUUGCAACCGUUUGCAGUUGAUAAACAUGUGGAUGAAGCGCUUCGCCUGUUCCGUGUGUCCACCGUAGAAGCUGCGGCCAGUGGACAUCUCGCAGGUAUCGAGGGAUUCACGUCUGACGCGGAUCAAGAAUCCAUGCAAAGAAUCGAAGCACAGAUGAAGAAACGCUUCUCUGUGGGGACCCACGUCUCAGAACUUGUCAUAGUUCAAGAUUUCGUCACACGCCAACAUUACAAUGAGACUUUGGUCAAGAAGGUAAUCCUGAACAUGGUCAGACGCGGGGAUCUACAGUACAAGAUGCAGCGAAAGAUGCUCUAUCGUGUUCGCUAA